UUUCUCACGCCGUUGGUAUCGAUUUGUGGAUCUUAUACCUUCGGUACACCAUGAAUGCAAGUGCAGACAUGAUUAGUCCAAAAAAAAAACAACCUAUUGCGACACCAGUAAUCACUCCUACAUCGGUUUUAGUAGUAACUUGGGUAAUAACAUGG